AUGCUUCUGCAUGGCCAGACCACUCCGGAAACCUAUGGCAAAUUGCUUUCCUGGGAUGAGCACGAGCUUGCCUUCGAAUGGAUGAUGUCGGGCUUACAAUUCCAUCCCGGUAUGGGUCUCCUCGUACUGCAAAUUCAGCAAGGAGUUCUCGAGUUUCUCGUUCUGUGCUGUCGUAAGAUACUGCAAGAUCUGUCGUUCGACUCCCUUGCCGACAGCAGCAUCCCAGUGCAGCCCGAGCCUGCUACUCUGUUACCGAACGAAACUGCCUACACCUCUUUGGCUGCGCUGGCGGCGGAUGCGCCCUACCGUGUUCCGGCUCAUUUAGAUUUUCGACAUAUUCGUUCCUUGGCGGCUGCCCGCGCUUCAGCUGCCAAUGACCACAUCUACGCAUUGCGAGAAGAUCCCGGCUACUUCAGCAGUGUUAUUGGGGAUUACAGCGAACACCGACAAGAAACUCUGCUUGACACUAAUAGAAGGCGUCAUGAUGUUCUCAAAGAAUACCUUUUCUGGGAUCGCGUAGUAGGAAAUGCGAUUGGCGAUGCCUAUACGGCUCACUUUAUCUUCGACACUAUCCACAAGAAGGUUGUCGAGCUUGAGAAUUUGGAGCAGAGGUAUUCAGAGAGUAUUUCUCCACAAAGGAGGUUGCCCAAACAAUAUCAGCAAGCUCUGCUGAACUUCAACCACUUUCUGGACGAGACGCCCAAGGGACUAAUCUACUGCCUCAAAGUGGGAGUCCCACCCUCGCCACCGCUCCGAUCUCUCUUCGUCCGGGAGCCACAAGAACCUAAUACAACCAAAAUUGUGGUCCGAAGUCGGCAGAUUGCGUCUCGCAAAGAUGAGCUACUUCGACUGUUUCAAAUCCUGUGGGAUGAUCAGCAAUUAUUCCUUUACGCAUUACCAAACCUGAUGGACGAGCUGGAGCGCCUAGUGGAGAGUGAUCGUCAGCAGAAGCAAAGGCUUUCUGGUUGGGUGAAAAGUAUUGUAUCAGAUCUGGCACUUCUCGCACAGAUGAAGAAUCAGCUUAACCUCUACCAGCCGUGGGCAUCAACCUUUGAAAAUGAUGCAGUGGAGCAUGGAGAGGCCAUCAAAGCUGACUACACCAAGUCCAUGUCUCCAGUGACCGAAUAUGUCAAAGCAUCUAGGAGCUUGCCGUCUGUCGGUAGACUUGUCACGCCGCUUCGCGACAAGUUCAACUAUCCGAUCGAUAAGCCAAGAACGAGGCAGAGUUCUGAUACCAUGCGGGCUGCAGAAAAGAAUCUGGACCUAUUCUGGAAAGUCAUUGAUCAGCACUUCAAUGCAAACUGUCGUAGCGACGUGGUCGAGCCUGUAAACAGCGAGAAGCCUACCAAGGAGGAAGCUGAGGAGGACUUAUCCGACCACUUCUCUCGCUUAUCGUCAGGUCAAGGACAGUCAAGUUUUGAAACACCAUUGCCCAAAAACAAGGUCAAGACUCACGGCCCGGUACAAAAAGGAGGCUCUCAUGGUGCUGAACCGCCCGAACACGUUCCGCGAACGCUGAUUCCAGACCAGCAGCAGCAGGUUGUCGUUGGCCGACGUGCGUUCAAAGUCUUCUCAACUCUCUUCCAUGUUCCGAAUCUGACAGACACCCCCGGAGACGUAGCUUGGCCCGAUUUCUUGCAUGCAAUGGCAUCGACCGGCUUUCAAGUCGUGAAGCUGUAUGGUUCUGUCUGGCAAUUUACGCCUACGAAACUAGAUGUGGAGAACAGCAUUCACUUUCAUGAGCCCCAUCCAAUUGGCAAAACACCUUUUCGAAUGGCGAGACGUCAUGGACGCCGGCUUCAUCGAACGUACGGUUGGACAGCGAAUACAUUCUCAUUAGCGUGA